UCAACAUAGUAGUUGCAUUCUCAAACUAAAUAUUCGAAAUUUGUUUCUCAGCUGCAGAUCACUCGGCACGAUGUCGAACCCCGCCGUGCACAGUGCUGCGGAGGGAUUUUAACUGCCUUUCGGUUGGUUCGGGCUCGUUUGCUACCCACCCAGCCACACUCGCUCUCUCUCGCUUGCUCUCUCAUGGAGACCUGGAAAGAAGAGGCCGACGCAGAACAUGAAGAAGUGAAGGCAGCAAAAGAAGUAGAAGACAAUGGCGGCGCAGUUACAGAAGAAGAUGAUGAGGGGGGAGAAGAAGGAGAAGAGGAGGAAGAAGAUGAAAGGGUUGAAGGAAUUAAUGUGGUUGCAGGACCGGAGGCGGAGAAGGCCAAAUUGGAGAGGGCGUUCAGGAGGUUGUCGACGGAGAAGGUGGGAAUCCGCGUCCACGACAUCCUGAUAAAAGGCAAUACCAAGACCAAGGAUUCCUUGAUCGAGGCCGAGCUCGAGGCCAUGCGGGACGCGAAAACCGUGCAGGAACUAAUUCGGGCUGCUUCCAUCGCCAACGCCAGGCUAGGGAGCUGGGAAAUCUUUGAAUCCGUGUCGAUAACCCUCGACAGCGGGCCGCCUGAACUCCCCGGCACUGCCAACGUCAUUGUCGACAUCCGGGAGUUGAAGAACCCGCUUACAGGGGACAUUGGUGUCUUCUCGAAACCAGAGGCUCAAUCUUGGUCUGUUGAAGGAUCAGUAAAGUUGAAAAAUCUGUUUGGCUAUGGGGAUAUUUGGGACAGUUCUGGGUCCUAUGGAUGGAAUCAAACCACUGAAAUUAGUUCUGGAGUAUCAUUGCCAAGACUAGGAAGAUUAUCAACCCCUCUAACAGCUAGAGUAUCGUUACUUUCACAAGAUUGGUUAAAAUUUUCAUCUUACAAAGAAGGACUCCUCGGUUUUUCUCUAGGACUGUUUUCAACAAGGCGUCAUGAUCUAUUGUACAACUUGACGUGGCGUACCUUGACAGACCCUUCACAUAUGUCCUCAAAGUCAAUCAGGAGGCAGCUUGGUCAUAGUUUGCAGUCUUCAGUAAGAUACAUGUACAAACUUGACAAGCGAGAUUCACAACUACGGCCAACAUCUGGCUAUGCAGUUUCAUCAGUUUUUCAUAUUGGUGGCCUUGACCCUGAUAGUAGGUCCUUGCGGUUUGUAAGACAGGAAUUUGAUCUGCGUUAUGCUUUUCCACUUGGGUUCUUUAGUGCAGCUGUUAACGUGGGAAUUUCAGGUGGUGUCAUCUUUCCUUGGGGAAAAGGGUUCAUGAAGUUGCCUUCCCCUUUGCCAGAAAGAUUCUUCAUAGGUGGGAAUUCUUCUCCAGUGUGCACAUUGAAUGGCCCAACAUCACUACUAGGGUUCAGAUGUCGGGGUCUAGGUCCAACAGAUGUGAGAAGGGUUUGUACUGAUUCAUCCAACAAGGAGGUUUCCAAUGCUUCUGGUAGAGAUGUCUUAGGGGGGGAUCUUGCUGUUACUGCCUUUGCUGAUUUGUCUUUUGAUCUACCUCUAAAGCUGUUCAGGGAUUCUGGAAUUCAUGGUCACCUCUUUGCCUCAGCUGGCAAUCUGACCAAGUUGACUGAGAAUGAGUUUAAGAAUUUCUCUCUUAGGAAAUUCUGGGAAUCAUUCAGAACUUCCAUUGGAGGUGGUAUCAUCAUUCCAACGAAGCUUUUACGUGUGGAGGUGAAUUACUGUUAUAUAUUAAGGCAGUUUGAUUAUGACCAAGGAAAAACAGGAAUUCAGUUCAAUUUUUCUGCUUCCACCUAGGUUGCUCAGCAUUAGCAACACAUUUACACUACCAAGUGGGUGCAGUGUUGCUGCUGAUUGAGAUGGUAGCUAGUAAGCCCUUCUGCUUGCUCACUGCAAUUUUUCACGUGAUGUCUUUUGUUUUUCCCUCUCAAGUGUGAGUGACGGUGCUUUGACAAAUGAGAACUUUUUCUGGCUGACUGUUGUCAUGCAUGUAAAAGUAACACAAAUCAGGCUUCUGUUAUCAAUUCAUUGGAUGGCAAUAUUAAUAUUGUUUCACAAAACUACCUUGACAUUAUCGUGUAUCACAUUUGUAUAGAAUUGCCUGAUCGAAAAUCAGGUUAAAAAGUUCGACGGGCUUUUUUCGUUUAA